CCUCGUUAUCUGUUGACAAUUCGCAAAAAUGUCACAAAACAGUGGAAAAACUGGAAAAAAUAUUUUGCAAGCAUAAUCCUAAUCGUCUUGUAAUUCCUCUCGGCCAAAAAUUUUGUAAAUUUAUUUAUUUUAAUUUAUAAUAAUAGUGAAAUACCAGAUUGCAGAUUUGGCGAUGGGUAAAGGCACUCAGAAAGGAGGACAUUAAUCCAAUUUGGUCACGACUGGGAGAUAACAUUAGAAAGGAAGAAAACCCUUGAUGAAAUCAUCGACUUUUGUGUGGAUUUGCUGCUUAUGCAGGUAGUUACUAGAGAAUGUCGCAAAGUCCACCCAACUACAUGGAUGGAGUUCCGGUGAAGAUUUCGGAGCGCUUCAAACCACCUCCCAAGAUCACUCUACCGCAGAGUGUCAUUAAUCGAUUGACUCAGGUCGACAGCGGUAGAAUACUUCAAUCGAUGACCGUGAAUUAUGAUUUUGAGUUGGAAUCAACAGUACUUAAACGACUUAGUGAGUGGCGAGUGGCCAAGGAAAAAGAUCGUUAUGAGCGGGAAGAACGAGUUCGAGUAAAAGAGCUCGAACGGACACGACUGGCUGAAGAGGAGCAGAAGCGUAAGUUGAACCAAAUUUCCUAUCCCAAUACGGAUGAUCUAUCCAGUGCUAGUGAUGGCGAAGGCGAAGGUUCAGAGGAAGAUAAUGAUGAAUCAUCACCCUCUGGAUCAUCCGAGGAAAGACUUCACCAAAAUCGUACGACAUUGGUAGCUAGUUCUAUGGCCGGUCAUUUGAAUAAAUUUGAUACAAUUCUUAUGCCAACCGUGCUCCCAGAUGUUGCCACAUCUGCCAUGGUUUCUACUGAAAAAGUGAUAGAUUCUAGCACACCACUUAACUUCUGCAUUCCAAAGACCACUAAUCUGUUGAACAAUAACAACAGUAUCUAUAACAAAAUUAACUAUUCAGAUUUUGAAAAUGACACUUCAAGUCCCUUUGAUAAUAUGGAACUGAAAACAAUAAAUGAUUUGGACAUUCUAGCUCAAGUUUAUAAUUUAGAUAUUUCUAAUUCUGGUUCAGAGCGAAGGCCGGGUGAUAGCAAUGAAAGUGAUGUAAAAACGAAAGAGAAUUAUGAAACAUCUAAUUUCAAGAAUACGGAGGUAGACACCUCGGUUGAACAAAAAGAAACUGCUGCACCACAACAAUCGUUGGGUUAUCAAGUGCAGUCCCAGUAUCCAUUAGCGGCAUAUCCUCAAAAUUCUGAACAGGUGGAUCAAGCGAAUGAAUAUUACAAAUCCUUCAACAGUUACCAUUUUAAUUAUGGCCAAUAUGUCCCUACUACGACCGCCGCAAAUGCUAGCUUUAUGCCUGUAGAUAGUCGAUUCUUUGGUCAAUGCACUUCAUCCGCUGGCACUUCCUACCAACAACCGGUGCAAUCCUCGUAUCAUCAAUCCUACAGCCAAGGUCAGGCUGGGACGUAUAACUACUUUCCCUACACGGGAUCCUCGAAUGGUCCAGCAACGCUAUCCACGUAUGCGAAUGCCUAUUUCUACAACAGCGCCUACGGGCACCAGUCCCAGGCAACGCCUAAUUAUAACUACCCGGGGCAUACUAAUACAACAGCGUCGACAGAAACACCCUCAGCUGUUUACAUUCAAGGAGUUUCCGGUGGAGAAACUUCCACCUCCGAAGCAUCGUCUCUGAGAUCUAAAUCGAAAAGUGUGCCGGACAUUGUGCGUCAAUUGGACGCCGAGGUCAAGGACUCUGCUCUACGGAGGACUCGGAACAACAGUCAAUCAGUAGCGGAAGAUAAACAGCCCGACGAGAACAAAUGCGUUGAGAAGCCCGAGUCGGUGAAGAAUUUUACUCUUUAUAAUCAGUUAUCGUUAACCGAUCAGAAUCUAGUAAAGCGCAUCGGAUCUAUGGGUUUCCCAUUGGAGCGCGUGGCAGCGGUAUUGCUUCGAAUAGGCAAUGACGAUAAGAAGAUUGUAGAGCAUCUGAUACCGCUGAGUGAGUUGCUGGAUUUGGGAUUCGAGGAGAAAAAAAUAUCUGAGGCGUUAGUCAAAUUCGACAACAAUAAACACAAGGCCCUCGAUUAUCUAAUAUUGUAGUAUCGUAUAACUGCAGUAAAUAGUUUUGUUUUUGUUUGGUCUUUAAUGAGCUGCCGCCCUACGUCUGGUGGCAAUGUGAUUGUGAUUGAUAUGCGACUACUAAACAUAAGUCCUAGGCAUUGGCUCCAAAAUUGAUGUGUAACAAUUUGUAAUAAAACAAACCGACUAUAA